AUGGAUGACUUCUUUGUGCUCGGUGAUUCAUAUUCUAAGUGCAUACACCACCUUGCUCUAGUGCUGAGGAGAUGUCAAGAAACCAACCUGGUUUUAAACUGGAAAAAGUGCCAUUUCAUGGUCACUGAAGGGGUGGUUCUUGGACAUAAAGUCUCCAAAAUGCGCAUUGAGGUGGACAAAGCUAAGGUGGAGGUAAUUGAGAAAUUACCCCGACCUUGCAAUGUUAAGGCAGUUAGAAGUUUUUUAGGGCAUGCUGGUUUUUAUAGAAGAUUUAUCAAAGAUUUCUCAAAAAUUGCUAAGCCCUUAAGUAAUCUGCUUGCAUCUGGCACACCUUUCAUAUUUGAUCAAGAAUGCAUUAUAGCUUUUGAGAACUUGAAAAAGAAGCUUUCCUCAGCACCCAUCAUUGCCCCACCUGAUUGA